CCCAUCCCUCCCCAAACCUCCCUCUUUCCCUUCAUCCCCUCUUCCUCCUCCUGUCCCUCCUUCUCUCCCGCUUCUCCUCCUGGUCUACCUAGCCGCCAGCCCGCCCUCCGCCCCUCCCCUUCGCACCCCGCGUGGUGCCCGCGGGUAACCCAUUGACCGCUGCUGCUCCGGAGCCUUCCAGCAGAGCCGGGAGGAUGGCUCUGGUGAUGCUGCAGUUGGUGCUGUGGCUCCUGGCCGGGGACGUCGCAGUCUCCUUCGACUCUUUCGACUCUUCCAACUCCCACAUAGUUCAGCCAUCAGAACUCAGAACACCAAACUGUGAUCAUUAUGACUACCCAGCAUGCCCCAGGAACCUGAGCCCAGUGUGUGGAAGCGACAUGAACACUUAUGGGAAUGAAUGUACUCUGUGCAUGAAGAUUAGGGAGGAUGGUAACCCUCUUAAAAUCAUCAAAGACUCGCCUUGCUGAUGGUCGGUUCACAGAAGAGCAGCUGGAAAGCCCCCUACUCCGGUGCCUCCUGCUAGAACCCCACUCCUUCUCUUCCCUCCAGCCCCCCCCCCCCCCCCGUUUCUUUGCAUGGCUCCUGCUAACACACCUCCUCCGCAAGGAGGUGUGGAAGAUGGCGAUGUGCCGGGAUCCAUAAACUUCUAAAACUCCCGCUCUGGGCUUCUUCUGCCUUGCAGUGCAGUUUAGUUAAGCUUAUGGCCCUGGGGACUUUUGCAUUGCUUUGCUUAAGAGGAAUAAAAUGAGCAUUGAAUUCAA